GCAUCAAAGCAUCCACUGACCCAAAUAAAUAAACAAGUCCAAAAGUGUGUCUAAAACCCUCCCAAAACCCUCCAAAGAAGCCUCCUUCCACUUCCAAUCCUUGCUCCAUGUCAAAGGCAGUAAAAGUUAUACAGGCCAAUGCUUCCAAUCCCAAGCUGUUGAUCGCACUUGGGAUCGGCCUUGCCGCCGGUGUCGUGAUCCUCACCGAGACCCGCCGGAGGAGGCGGAGGCGUGCCAACGCCGCUGCCCAAAGAAAGGACUUCGGUACUUUCGUCGUCCGAUUCGAGCUUCUCCCUUUCCCUCAGCCUCCUCCUCCUGCCGCUAGACUGCCUCUCUCUUCUCUUACUUUCGCCAUCAAGGACAUAUUUGAUGUGAAGGAUUAUGUGACGGGGUUUGGGAGUCGAGAUUGGGAGAGAACACAUGAGGUUUCAGAGAAGACGGCGGUGGCAGUGACUGCUCUGUUGAAAAAUGGGGCUACUUGUGUUGGCAAGACUGUUAUGGAUGAAUUGGCAUUCGGGAUAACUGGGGAGAACCGGCAUUAUGGAACCCCCACCAAUCCACAAAUGCCAUCAUGUAUCCCCGGAGGUUCCUCUAGUGGCUCUGCUGUGGCGGUUGCAGCUGGACUUGUCGAUUUUGCUCUUGGUACUGAUACUAUUGGAUGUGUCAGAAUCCCAGCAUCAUUUUGUGGUAUCCUUGGAUUUCGACCGUCUCAUGGGGCUGUAUCUAUGAUUGGAGUACUUCGAAAUUCACAGAGCUUAGACACUGUUGGAUGCUUUGCUCGUGAUCCAUCUAUUCUACAUCGUGUUGGACAUGUUUUACUUAAACUAAAUUCAGUGGAGCCUAGAAGGGCAAGACGUCUUAUUUUUGCUGAUGACCUCUUUCAGUUUUCUAAAGUUCCCACGCAAAAGACAUUAAAUGUUGUUAACAAAGCAAUUGAAAACCUUUCUGGGUACCAGCCUCCAAAGCAUACGAAUUUUGGUCAGUAUAUUGGUUCAAAUGUGCCCAGUUUAAAACAGUUUCAAGAGCCGUCAUCCAACUUGCAAAAUGGGACAUCUACUUUAAAAGCGCUCUCUUCUGUAAUGGUUUCACUGCAAAGAUAUGAAUUCAAAACAAAUCAUGAAGAAUGGGUAAAUUCAGUCAAACCCAAGCUAGGACCUGAUGUGUCUGAUCGUGUUCUUGCAGCAAUUAAUACCACACACAAGAACAUGAAAAUUUUAUAUAAAGUCAGAACUGAGAUGCGGGUUGCCCUUCAAAAUCUCUUAAAGGAUGAUGGUAUAUUAGUAAUUCCUACGGUGGCUGACUCCCCAUUAAAGCUCAAUACAAAGAAGGGACUUUCAGCUGAAUUCCAUGAUCGCAUAUUUGCACUGUCAAGCAUUGCUAGCAUAUCUGGAUGCUGUCAGGUUUCCAUUCCCUUAGGAAAGCACAAUGAUUGUCCAAUCUCUGUUUCAUUUAUCACAUUCCAUGGUGCUGAUAAAUUUCUUCUUGAUACGGUCUUGGAUAUGUAUUCAUCUCUCCAAGAGCAAGCUAGCAUCGCAUCCAAUUCAGUGCAUUUGCCAGAUACCAAUGGUAACAUGGAUGCUUCUGAACUCUUGAAAGAAAAGGGAAAUGCUGCAUUUAAGGGAAUGCAGUGGAAUAAGGCUGUCAAAUACUACACUGAAGCUAUCAAUUUGAAUUCGACAAUUGCAACUUACUUUUGCAACCGUGCCGCUGCUUACCUAGAGCUGGGAUGUUUUCAACAAGCUGAAGAGGACUGCAGUAAGGCAAUAUUACUUGAUAGGAAGAAUGUGAAGGCUUAUCUGAGGCGUGGAACAGCUAGAGAAUCACUUCUCCAUUAUAAAGAAUCUGCUGAAGAUUUCAAGCAUGCUCUUGUUCUUGAACCACAGAAUAAGGUUGCAAGUCGUGCUGAAAAGAGACUUAGAAAGCUGAUGAGUUGAUACAAAAGCUCACUGGUCUCUCUUCUCUCUCCCCCAUCAGAAAGAAAACCAACAAAGAGUACUUUUGCAAGUUAGAUUUGGGUUUCCAAGAAUAUAGACCCUCCUUUUUGUUUUCAACCUUUUGGAGUAAAAGAAAAGGAAAGAAAGAGGUGUGAAAUUUUGUAUACGGCUGCUGCAUUUUUAUUCUGUUCCUGUGCUGUGCAUAUUUUUUCAUUGUAAGUAAUCUUAAUCUGAACUAUCAUUUGAGAAAUAAUUAUAAAGCGUUGCCUACUUGCAUGCAUUACUGUGCAUGCAAAGCUUUUUUCCCU